AUGGCCUUCACUCCGGCCCACCGCGUCUUAUUCCUAGCGUUCUUCACGGUGCUCGUGGCGGUUGCCUACUCCGGCGAGGUGGCGGAUUUAACUGACACCUUCACGGCGAAGCUGAUUGGCGCCAACGAGGUUCCCAAGAAUGACUCCGAAGCUGCCAGGAAGGCCGUGGGUGACAAGAGAGGCGUGGUGCAAAUGAAGCUCGACUUCUACAAGAAGGAGGGCAACCUGAUGUGGGUGGAGUACUCGGUGAAAGCUUCAAAGCUGGAGGGCGAGAUGCCGCCCACCAAGACGCACAUCCACCCGGGGAGGAAGGGCGAGAACAACCCCGUGCUGCUGGAGCUGCCGUGCAAGUACAAGAAGACUGGCGCCUCCGAGUGGCUUCCCAACUUCCAAACGUCUCUUCUCUCCACCAUCUUCUCCCACCCUUCCCUCACUCCUGCCCCCCCUCCUCCUCUCCCUCGCCUGCAUCCUCCCUCACCACCAGCACAUCCCCCUCUGCACCUUCCUCCCCAUCCGCCCCACCAUCACCACCCAAGCUUAGACCCAGCCUCCCUCCCAUCCCCUCCAUCCCUCCAUCCCAUACCCUAUGCCUCCUGCCUCCAUCAGUCGCCUCUGCAUGCUGCUGCACCGUACCCCCAUGUCUAG